AUGUCGCAGAACGGCAUGACGGUGCGGCCGCAACCGCCCAUGCCCACCAACAAGGACGACAUCACUGGCACAUGGAACUACCUGGAGUGGGGCGUGGAGCGGAUCAUGCUGGCUCUCAAGGAUGGCGUCGACCUGAAGACGUACAUGUCGCUCUACACCUCCAUUCACAACUUCUGCACGGCUCAGAAGGCCGUGGGUUCCCAACCGCAGAACAACCUGAAUAGCAGUCACAGAGGGGCACAUUUGCUUGGAGAAGACCUCUACCAUCGGUUGAACGAGUAUCUGAAGCGUCACCUCACGAGUGUGCAUGAGGAGCUGGUCAAGCACUCCGAUGAAGCGCUUCUCACAUUCUAUAUCACAGAGUGGAAGCGCUACACCACCGCCGGCGCGUACAACAACCAUCUCUUCCGCUACCUGAACCGCCACUGGGUGAAGAGGGAGGUGGAUGAGGGCAAGAAGGACAUCUACGACAUCUAUACCCUGCAUCUCGUACGAUGGAAGGAGGACAUGUUCGGAUCGACGCAGAAUGCGGUCAUGGACGCAGUCCUCCGCCUGGUCGAGAAGCAGAGGAACGGAGAGACGAUUGAGCAGUCCAAGAUCAAGGACGUCGUGGAAAGCUUCGUGUCUCUCGGUAUCGACGAAUCCGACAGUGCAAGAUCCACACUCGACGUCUACCGGCAGUACUUCGAGAAGCCGUUCCUGGAGGCGACUUCGAAGUACUACACUGCGGAGUCACAACAGUUUUUGGCUGAGAACUCCGUGGUGGACUACAUGAAGAAGGCGGAGCGGAGGCUGGACGAGGAGAAGGAGCGCGUGGCCUUAUACCACCGUGAGGAAAUCAUGGGACCUCUUAUGAAGACCUGCGAGCAAGCCCUCAUCGCAAAGCACGCCCCCAUUCUACGAGACGAGUUCCAGGUGCUGCUCGACAACGACCGUGAAGAGGAUAUGGCGCGCAUGUACAAGCUGCUCGCUCGCAUUCCGGAAGGGCUCGAUCCUUUGCGGACUCGCUUCGAGGCACACGUCCGUCGUGCUGGGUUGCUCACCAUCGAGAAGGUGGCUGGCCAGGGCGAUGCGCUCGAUCCGAAAGCAUACGUUGAUGCCUUGCUGGAAGUUCACACUCAAUACGCAGCACUCGUCAAGUCAGCCUUCACCGGCGAGUCUGAGUUUGUGCGCUCUCUGGACAACGCCUGUCGAGAGUACGUCAACCGGAACAAGGUGUGCGAGAAGAACACGACACGUUCUCCUGAGCUCCUGGCCAAGCAUGCCGACAAUGUGCUGAAGCGCUCGACGAAGUCUACCGAGGAGGACGAUAUGGAGAAGCUGCUCAACCAGGUCAUGACUGUCUUCAAGUACAUCGAGGACAAGGAUGUGUUCCAGAAAUUCUACUCGAAGACUCUGGCGAAGCGUCUCGUCAACGGCACAUCCGCAUCCAACGACGCUGAGACUUCCAUGAUCUCCAAGCUCAAGGACGCUUCAGGUUUCGAGUACACCAACAAGUUGCAGCGAAUGUUUCAAGAUAUGCAGACGUCCAAGGACCUUAACCUCGCCUACGACGAGUGGCGCAACGACAACUUCGACAAGGAGGAUCGUAAGGACGAGAUCGAUGCCACCUACCAGAUUCUCGGAACCGGGUUCUGGCCACUUCAACCGCCUACUACCGGAUUCAUCCCUCCACCAGCAAUCGUCAAGACCUACAAACGCUUCGAAAACUUCUACAACAACAAGCACGGUGGUCGCAAGCUCACAUGGCUGUGGCAUCUGUGCAAGGGCGAGAUCCGCGCAAACUACAUCAAGAUGGGCAAGGUGCCGUACACCUUCCAAGUCUCCACACACCAGAUGGCGAUCAUGCUCAUGUUCAACGACUCCGAUACUGUGGCGUACGACGACAUCGCGGCGGCCACCACUCUCGACAAGGGCACGCUCGACCCUUCCAUCGGCAUCAUGCUGAAGGCGAAGGUUCUUACGGCCAGUCCUGAAGGAGCGUCUCCGCAGUCCGGCACGAGCUUUACGCUCAACCACGGCUUCAAGCACAAGAAGGUCAAGGUCAACCUCAACGUGCAGAUCAAGUCUGAGCAGAAGGCGGAGGCUGAGGAGACGCACAAGACGAUUGAGGAGGACCGCAAGAUGCUCAUGCAGUCCGCCAUCGUCCGCAUCAUGAAGUCGCGCAAGCAGAUGAAGCACGCCCAGCUCGUCGGCGAGACGAUCCAGCAGAUCAAAUCGCGCUUCAGCCCGAAGAUCCCGGACAUCAAGAAGUGCAUCGACAUCCUGCUCGAGAAGGAGUAUCUCGAGCGUCUCGAUAAUGACGAGCUCGGGUAUCUGGCAUGA